GAACACUCUGGUUACUCAGGUUUCCUGCAAGCAACCGAAGAGAAAUAAGAUAGACAUAUCACUAUGGAGUAGAGUCUAAUGCUAAGAAUACACCAAGGCAAAGGACAGAAGCUCAAAAAACAGUACUGAUAUUGCUUGUUCUCGACGCUGCAACUAUAGUAAGCUAUCACCUAGAAAUAAUCGGAUGUCCACUACUAUCAGCCAAAGUGGAGUCGUUUGGCAAUUAACACCCAGACGUAGCGCUUCUGAAGCCUUCAAACUUGGAUAGAUCAAAUGGAGUUUUGGACAUGGCGACCGUUUCAGAAACAAACCCCAACGAACUUACGUCGAGAAGACUUGCCGAAUCUUUUCUGUUAUUCAUUCUUUGGUAUGAUCGUAAUUUUUCCUCUAGCCAGGCCUGCCAAUCCCAGUCGACCCAUUGAUCGAAGUCAGUGGGAAGUUAAGCCCAGCGUAGGAGACGCGGCAUAGAUGUCCCCAAAAAAAGGUGAGCUCUAUAGGCUACGGCUGCGGCAUCGUCUCUUGUACGCCCAAAAAGAGCUCGGCCAAAGUCAAGGAAGAUCAGGUCUGGCUUUCCGCUGCAGGACGCAGAGUCAACCAGGGUAAUAUUUCUCAACGUAAAGUCUGUGAGUAAAAUGUCUCUCUGAUACACUAGACUUUCGAAGUCUACCGCAGAUUUCAGAAAAACCCGACGGGAAAGAGAUAUGUGAUAGUUAUGAGUGCUUAGUGAAAAUGUCCAGUGACUUUUAUCUUAUGUUCACCCCCUCCAGCAAGGGUUGAAUGGAGUACGAGUUGCAGGGAUCAGCACUAAAUGCUCAAAAUGGAGAAACCGUUGAGAUGCCGAUGCACCCUUGCUCGGUUAGGCUAAGGACACACCUUCGCUAGUGCAGCCGUCCAAACCGGGUGAUUUCAUUGUUUGAGAGAGGCCGUAUGAUCUUCCUAGGCCAUACGAACCCUUUAGUAU